UGCAACAGUAGAGCUACAAGCGGGGCACCUAAUAAGAAAGCUAGGGUUCAACCAUCUUCAACUCAGUCUACCUUCAAGGUGAGAAAGGAAAAAUUGGGGGACAGGAUAACAGCCCUUCACCAACUUGUUUCCCCAUUUGGGAAGACUGACACAGCUUCUGUCCUGUUAGAAGCUAUAGGGUACAUCAGAUUCCUUCAGAGCCAAAUUGAGGCCCUUAGCUUGCCGUACCUGGGCAGUGGAUCAGGAAACAUGAGGCAGCAACAUCAACAAUCUGUUCAGGAGAGGAAUAGUUUAUUUCCUGAAGACCCUGGUCAGCUAUCGAAUGACAACUGCCUGAAGAGGAUGGCAACUAGUGAGCAGUAUUAUCAUGAAGAAUCAAAGAAGGACCUAAGGAGUAGAGGGUUGUGUCUGGUUCCAUUAUCAUGCACACUGCAAGUUGGGAGUGACAAUGGAGCAGAUUAUUGGGCUCCGGCAUUCGGAGGAGGUUUCCGGUGAAUGGUAAAAACAAGAAUUUGGUCACGUACGGCACACUUAGACCAAAAAGAAACCAAGUUGCACCAAAUUAUUAAGUACUAUCUAUAACAUCAUGAUCACUCAAUCUGCUAAAAUCUAAGGUUGAUUGCUUAUGAUGCUAUGCAUUUUCUGCUGAAUUAGUUGACCAUGCAACGGUGUGCUGUAAUAUUAUAUAGUCAAGCUUACUAUUUGGCUUAGAACUCAGCAACUAUGGUCUAGUUCUUUCCCUUUUCAUCGGCAAGUACAAUGAUCAUUUCAUGAAUUAAUGUAUAUGUCAUUCCUCAACAAUUAGUACUCAUUUUUAUGCUGAUCUUAUGCAGCAACUCUUCCCCUGCU